GGAACGAGUACUUUCUUGUUCUCUCUCUGUCUAUCUCUUUAUUGGAUUUUUCUUUCUUCUUUUUUUUUUUUGAUAAUUCUUUAUUGGAUUUUUCGAAAUCCCCUACUAAAAUUCCAGCCCCAUAUUAGGAAAAUCCCCCGCGCUUUUCUCUCUCUGCUCCCCUUUACAUCUCUCUCUCUCCUGUUCUUGCUUCCCGUCCAUUGCUGCCAAUCGGCCAUGCCUAUUUUGUUUCUCCAUCGCACAAAUCCUACCCUUCUUCGCCCCCUACCUCCAUUUCAAGAAAAACCUCCAAACGAAUCGAGUCUCAUUUGAAUCACCAAACCCUUUUGGUCCAAUUGGGUUUGGUCAACCUUUUUUUUCUCUCUCUCUCUCCCUUUCUUCAUUUUCUUGGAUCUGAAUUUUCGUUUCUGGGUAUCUUUUAAUUUUUUUGCGUAGCCGUUUGUUAUUUUUAAUAAAUUUUGUACGUGCCAUGUGUUGGGAGUUGGGUCGUUAUCGUGGUGUUUACUUUUUUUUUCAAUUAUUGGGGUUUUUUAUUUCUGAAAACAGGAGAUGGUUGGUGAUCAAAAUCUAGGGUUUUAACUUUUACCCAGCUCAAGUUCCUUUUUUUUUUUCCCCCAAUUUUUAAAUUGGGUUUGAAAGUCUUUGAUUUGUCAUUGGGUUAUUUGGUCAAAAUUUGACAAAUUUGGGGCUUGGUUGGGUGGUUUUAGUUAAAGUAGUUUUCUUUUUGUUCGAUCUUAAAGAAGCUAAUUUUGAGAGUGUUAUUACUAAAUUUGCAUAUUUUGUUGACUCAACCAUGUGGUUUUUGUGGGUUGAUUCACAUUCAUCUGCAAUGAAUCCAAUGAUAAUGAUGAAAAGUGUUUAAUUUCCCUUGUCAAAAGUCAUUUGUUCUUCUGUUGCAUUUAUGGUCAAAUCUUUCUAGGAUUACAGAAAUAGCAAUAGAUUGGGUUGAAUUUGUCUGAUUGAAUUGCUUGAUAGUUGUUACUAGAUUUCUUCUAUAGGAGUUGGUCAAAAAUGGAUGUGAAAACAGAUGAGAAUGUUGGAGAGAAUCUGAACCCCGAGAAUUUGGGCAGCGAAGAGGGGAUGUUGAGGUCAAAUUCAAGAUUGAAGAGCAUAGGGAGCUUGAGUGGUAAAAAUAUGUUGGUGAAGGGUACCGGGAGUUUUAGUAGCAAAGACAUGUUUUUUCGAGCUGACCAAAUUGAUCUGAAAAGCUUGGAUGUUCAGUUGGAGAAGCACUUGAGCCGGGUCUGGUCGAGGAACAUAGAGGCAAACAGACCAAAGGAAGAGUGGGAGAUUGAUCUGGCUAAGUUGGAUUUAAGGUAUUUGGUAGCUCGAGGCACUUACGGUACCGUUUAUCGUGCUACCUAUGAUAGCCAAGAUGUUGCAGUGAAGCUGUUAGACUGGGGAGAGGAUGGCAUGUCCACAACUGCUGAAACUGCUGCUUUGCGAGCAUCAUUUCAGCAAGAGGUUGCUGUUUGGCACAAGCUUGACCAUCCAAACGUUACUAAAUUUGUUGGUGCUUCAAUGGGGACCUCAAAUCUUAAGGUUCCUAGUGAAAGUCUCACAUCCCUUCCAUCAAGAGCAUGUUGUGUUGUGGUGGAGUACCUUCCUGGGACUCUUAAAAAGUUCCUGUAUUCAAACAGAAAAAGGAAACUUGCCUUGAAGGUAGUGAUUCAGCUUGCUUUGGACCUUUCUAGAGGAUUGAGCUAUUUGCAUUCACAAAACAUUGUACAUCGUGAUGUCAAAGCUGAGAAUAUGUUGCUAGAUGCUCAUAGAAAUCUUAAAAUUGCUGAUUUUGGUGUUGCUCGUGUGGAAGCCCAAAAUCCUCAGGACAUGACUGGUGAAACUGGAACCCUCGGGUACAUGGCACCAGAGGUUCUUGAUGGGAAGCCUUAUAAUCGAAAAUGUGAUGUCUACAGCUUCGGCGUAUGUUUAUGGGAAAUUUAUUGUUGUGAUCUUCCUUACCCGGAUCUUAGCUUUGCUGAAGUUUCAUCUGCUGUUGUACGACAGAAUUUGAGGCCAGAUAUCCCCAGAUGCUGCCCAAGUUCCGUGGCAAACAUCAUGAAGAAAUGCUGGGAUGCAAACCCUGAAAAGCGCCCCAACAUGAACGAGUUAGUGAGUUUGUUAGAAGCAAUUGACACUAGCAAAGGAGGGGGAAUGAUACCGGAAGGCCAGGGCGGUGGCUGUUUUUGCUUUGCUCCAGCUCGGGGUCCUUGAUUCGUCUAUUCAUCUGUAUUUCUCAAUGACAUUUUCGGGUUGAUCAUGUUGGUGGACAAGAGAUGAAGAUAAUAUGUCGAAGUUUCAGGAUUUUGUACUUCAAAUUGCAUUCAAAAGAAUAAGUUAUAGCCAUCCGUGUUUUUUCC